GCGUAUCAAUGUUCCCAAGUCUUUUGAACCUAUCAGGGCAAGAGAGAUCUUACCCCUCUGUCUUAUGGAAAAGGACUGGUGGGCUCUAAUCCACAAGUCCAGAACUAAGAAAUUUAAGCGGCGCAUUAGUUAUCCUUACCGAAUAAACCUCGCUGUCAUCUAUAUUUCAAGAAAGUAGGAUAGUAUUAAAUAACAGAAGGAACACAUCUUCUGUGUGUCUUCUUUUUCAUACUUUUCAAUUCUUGUUCUUCUCCCUCUCCCUCUUCCUCUUCCUCUUCCUCUUCUUCAUCUCCCCAAGAUGAGAGGAUCUUUCUAUACCUUUGCCAUAUUGGCCUGCCUUUUGGCACUUGUCGCAGCAUGGAGUAAAGAAGGUGAGUUGGCUUAUACAGUCUAUCAAUAUUCCACACCUCUGCCCAAUUCGACACCUUGCGUCUUGUACUCCUUGAGAUGUAUCAAUUGGCUCAUUCAUAGCAAAUUAUAGAUCAGGAAAUCUUUCGUCUGCAAAACGAAGUUGCUACCCAUGAUGGAGAUGAGGUUACGUUUUAUGAUCUCCUCGACAUUAAAUCAUCUGCGAACCAAGAGGAAAUAAGAGCUGCAUACAAAAAGAAGUCUCGUACUCAACAUCCAGAUAAAGUCAAAGCUCAAUUCAUUGCCGAUAAAUCCACAGGAAAGGGCGAAAAGUCCAAGAACAAGAAGCCAGGUGUCAGAGUUUCGAAGGGUCCUUCCCAAGCUGAAAUCAAGGCACAUUACCAACAAGCUAGCGAUCGAUUCACACGUUUGGGCCUAAUAAAUAAGAUUCUCUUGGGAGAGGGUCGCGCCCGUUACGAUCAUUUUUUGAAGAAUGGAUUUCCAAAGUGGAAGGGUACUGGUUAUUACUAUGCUCGGUUCCGUCCUGGGUUUGGCUCUGUGCUUGUCGGACUCUUCAUCUUCGUUGGAGGUGGUGGACACUACCUUGCCUUGUAUUUGAGCUGGAAAAGACAGCGCGAGUUUGUUGAAAGAUAUAUUUCAUUCGCAAGAAAUGCUGCAUGGGGUGGAAAUGCCAAUCUUAAUGUGCCUGGCCUCGAUGGGACCUCAACGCCUGGAACAGAUACCGAUGCUGAUGCAGAUCUUAUGGCCCAGCCAAUGAACCGAAAACAGAGACGCAUGCAGGAGAAGGAUACCAAGAAAGACAAAUCUGAAAAGAAAGUCAAGAAGGUCAAGGCAUCCUCACCUGGAACUCCAACAACUAUUACCGGACCAAAGAAGAGGGUAGUUGCUGAAAAUGGCAAAGUGCUCAUCGUGGAUUCAUUCAAUAAUGUAUACCUGGAACAACCUGAUGAGGAUGGUAAAAUGCGAGAAUAUUUGCUUGACGUAAGUUGAUCUCUGCACGUUCAGGAAACAUUUCACUAAUUCGAUUUAGCUUGAUGAGCUUCCUGCCCCUACCAUGAGAGAAACUGCUCUUUUCCGCCUGCCAACCUUUGCGUUCAACCAAACCAUUGGUCGUUUCUUGAACAAAGCUCCACUUGAGGAAGAACAUGAAGAGAUAGAAGAAGUAUCCAACAGCUCCGGUGCCGAUGACUUUGAAGUUCUCGAGAAAGUCAAGACAACUGCAACAAACGGGAAUGGGAAAGCAACAAGAAGGAAUAAGAAGAAUGGUCGCUGAUACAUGGGAAUAUUUUUGGGUAGAGGUUGUAACAAAAUAUUUGUAGUUUAGAAAAAGGUUCCAUCAUAUUUUCAAUUUAAGAAACAUAAGCUCCAGUAGCCAU